CUGGUCGUCAACAUACAUCCUUUCUUUGGCGGAGUGCCAGCAGCCGAAGGUGCCAGCAAUCUCAAGUUGCAGUACAACGCAUUUGCUUCCAAGUCUCAGAACAAAGAAAUCUACAUUGGCGAAACUGGCUGGCCCAGUGCUGGUCAAGCAAACGGACGCGCUGUCCCAAGUGUCUCUAAUCUCGAGACCUUUGUGAGAGGCAUGAUGAACGUCAACCUCAAGUACUACUUCUUUGAGUCUGUUGAUUCUCAGUGGAAGAGCGGAGGUUCCUAUGGAGUCGAGCCUUACUGGGGAUUGUGGGCU